GGCAAGUGGUUUAAGAUAAAUGAUAUCCAACAAAAGUAAAGGAGAAAUGUUGAAUCCUGAGAAUGAACUGAAUUCUCUUUGCAGGUUCUUCUCUCGUCUCCAACACAUCCGCAGAUGAUGGAAUAAGUGGUGAUGGAGAUGUUCCCGUGGCCCUUCCAGUGGCCAUGGUCCCCCCAGUUCCCGUGGCCCUUCCAGUGGCCAUGGUCCCCCCAGCUCCUCCCGAAUUUGACCCGUAUGAUAUUCCACCUGACAACAUGACCAUGCUCUAUCCAGAUGACCCUGGGACAUCAGAUGAGGCAAUGGCCAAUGGGAUUGUAGCAGAAAAUGACUUCAUGCAGGAACCAGAUAUGAUCAACUUCAUUGAGAUCUCAGGUAAUGAAACUACGAUGAACUCAACCGAAUCAAUCAAGGUCUACAUACUGAAACUAAAGUUUGUAAAUGAAUUUAAAAAGUAUAUGAACAGCUGGUGGGUGACGAAGCUUGUUCCCUCCAUCUACACCGUGGUUCUCCUCGUGUCUCUUCCUCUCAAUAUAAUGGGGAUCAUCGUGUUCUUGGUGAAGGUGAAGGUGAAGAAGCCGGCAGUGGUGUAUCUGCUGAAUCUAGCCGCUGCUGAUGUUCUCUUUGUUUGUAUUCUUCCUUUCCACAUCGUGUACCGAUUCUCAGGAAAUAACUGGCUAUUGGGGGAAGGGAUGUGCCGAUUUGUCACUGCCGCAUAUUCCUGUAACAUGCGUGGAUCCAUCCUGCUGAUGACGAGUAUGAGUCUGGACCGGUUCCUGGCUCUGGUCUACCCGGUCCAGUCCCUUCCCUGGCGCACAAUGAGACAAGCCUGGCUGGUGUGUUGCGGCAUCUGGGUGAUAUCGGUGGUCACCACUGUGCCGAUUCUCAUAGCACAACAAACCCGUCAUUUUCCCAGCCUAGAUAUCACAACUUGUUAUGAUGUUCAGGAUGUCAAAGUGGCUGAAAGGUCUCAGAUUUUUGUCUAUUUCCCCAUUUAUAUGGCACUUUUAUAUCUCUUACCUUUAACUAUUACCACCUUCUGUUACAUUAGAAUCAUCCGCACUCUCAGCGCACCGAGCAUGGGAGGCGCCCAGAAGAGAUCCCGAGCCGUCCUCCUGACUGUGGUUGUGUUGUGUGUGUUUGUCCUCUGCUUUGGCCCAGCCAAUGUUAUUUGGUUCACAUUUUUCCUGCAGGUCUCUAAUGAUGGCGGUAACUUCCUGUACGUCGUCUACAUCGUCAGUGUCAGUGUGAGCAGUGUCAGUUGUUGUCUGGAUCCUCUGAUCUAUUACUUUGCGUCCUCACAGUGGCAGGCACACAUCUACAGCCUCCUGGGAUGUAAGAGAAAACACACAUUACUAGAAAACACCACAAACGUGACACUAGAAACCACCUGAAACUCCCAGGCUUAUAAACUGAGCUGAUAAUAUUUCCCCCCUCCUGAAGUUACCAUAGAGAUCAAUAGCAGAACCAUUGGUCCCUCCAUGCAUGCCUGGGUGCUAGGUGUAAGCCUAGACUCUGACCUCACCUUCACACAUCAUAUCCAGUCACUGGCUAAAUCUUGCCCCCUUAAUCUCCAUAACACUUCCAAAAUCUGCCCCUUUUUUACUAAUGACACCACAAAACAGCUUAUUCAUCUCUUGCCUUGACUACUGCAACUCUCUUUUUCUUGGUCUUCUAGACAGACGACCCCCCCCCCCUUCAGUCUACCAUGAAUGCUGCUGCUAGAUUUAUCCGCCUUACUCACUUAUCUGUAUCUGCUGCCUGACUCUGCCAAUUCCUCUAUUGGCUUCCAGUAGUCCAGUGUAUGAAAUGCAAAAAACUAACUAUACCUACAAAGUCAUCCACAACUCUACCCCCAGCUACAUCACCAACCUCAUCUCGAGAUAUCGCCGAAUAAUCCACUCCACUCUUUCCAAGACCUCUUGCUCUCGAGCUCUCUCUCAUCUCCUCCUCCCUUGCUCCCCUCCAGACAUCUCCAGACCCCCCCCCCCCAUCCCCUGGAACUAUGGACUAUGUCCAGUCAUCUCCUCCCCUGUCUGCCUUUAGGUGAUCCUUCAAAAAGUCAUUUAUUCAGAGAAGCCUUCCCCACCUCCAUCUAAUGCGGUCGGUAUUGACGAUGGAAAAAUUCCUGAUGGGAUCUUUUCAUCGGAUAUUCCGACCGUGUGUAUGUCCUAUUGGACUUUUCCCGUCAGAAUUUCCGAUGGACGUAGAUUGAGAGCAGGUUCUCUAUUUUUCCCUCGGAAAUUCCGACUGAGUUUUGCCCGUGGCAAAGUCCGGCCUUGUGUACACGGCAUAAGAAUUGUAUGUUGACGACCUCCAUCAGUUCAUCCCCCACAUGUUUUACCUUUUGUACCACCUCUCCCUCCCCUUUAGAUUGUAAGCUCCAUGAUCAAGGUCUUUCUAAUCCUCCUGUAUUGAACUGUAUUGUAAUUGUACUAUCUCCCUUUUUUAUUGAAAAAUGCUGUGCAAACCAUUGGGUCUAUAUUCAUCCUUGAAGGAAAAAAAGGAAAUCCUGGACGGCCGCACACCGUAGAAAGCAUCUUUAGUGAUAAGAUAAAAAUAAAAUCCAAUGCAGUCAAUUCAUUUACAGGACAAACAGGAGAAGGUCAGCUAACAUACAUUUGGAGUGGCAAUCUUUCUUCUAUAUACAUCGGCCCAGAUUCACAAAGCACUUACGCCGACGUAUAACAAGUUAGGCCGACGUAAGUGCAAAUGUGAGCCGUCG